GCCUUUAAGCGGGAGCAGGUGUGGGGACUGGGCUGGACGUGGAGCGGAGCUGAGCUGAGCGCUUCCUUGUGGACAUGGAGAUGGAGCUGCUGCUGUGUGUGGCGCUGGCGGGCGCGCUGCUAUACCUGGCCCUGCUACAGCGCUGCACCGGCCGACGCACCGCCCCGCUGCACCGGGAGCCCGGCAAGGCGGCAGCCCACUACGGCGUCAAAGACACGCCAUCAAUUUGGUUGUCUGGCCUUGCUCUAAGAGUGACUGCGCACCUGGUCAACACAGUCUUUGGCCAAUUUGUUUUAAUUCCGCUGCUGAUGAGAAUGGUGAACAUGCAUUCACUACGAGACGCAGUCAUUCCAGAAAGCCCUACGUUCAUUCCUGUCGUUGAACCCGAGGGCAGUAAUGAUCCACCAGGACAAGAUAACAAGGAGACCGUUUUGAAUGACCUCAUGCAGCUGAGUGAUGCAGUAGAGAAGCCUGGGUUCAACUUCAGAAGCAUUUCGGAUUUCAUCCAAGAUUACAAGUCAGGUAGAAUAACUCCAACGCAAGUGGCUGAGAACGUGAUCCGAGCUCUGGAGGACUCUAAUGGAAGAGACAUCCCACUGCGAGCUGUCGUACAAUCCCAGCCCAAUCUCAUCAUGAAGAUGGCAGAAGCCUCCACUGCACGAUACGCUGCCAAUGCACCCCUCUCCCCUCUGGAUGGGAUUCCAGUCUGCAUCAAGGAGGAGAUGCAAGUGGUCCCGUAUCACCACCGAGCGGGGACGAUGUACCUCGGCGAGAAGCAGACGACCGAGGACGCCACAGUGGCCAGGAAACUGCGGGAGGCGGGAGCGGUGAUCAUCGGUGUGUCCAACAUGCACGAGCUUGGACUGGGGGUGACGGGCUGCAACGCCAACAGGUAUCACGGCGUUUGCCGGAACCCCUACAACCCCCAGCACUUCACCGGAGGAAGCUCCAGCGGCUCCGGAGCGGCCGUGGCAGCAGGUCUUUGUCCGUUGGCGAUUGGGAGUGAUGGUGGAGGUUCUGUGAGAAUUCCGGCUUCGUUUUGCGGAAUGGUUGGCCUAAAAGGUACUUUUGGUCGAAUCAGUUGCUACGGAGCAAUUCCUCUUUCCUACUCCAACGUCAGUUUGGGUCCGAUCUGUACCUCGGUGAAGGAUGCCGCCAUAGCCUACACAAUCCUCUCUGGCCCAGACCCAAACUACCCCUACGGCAUCCAUCAGCCUUCACUGAAUCUUGACAAUGUUGGAAAUCCUGAUUUGGAGAACAUCAAAUUUGGCAUCGAUUGGAAGUUCUUCACGGACUGUGAUCCUGAGGUCUUGGAGGUUUGCCAGAAAGCGGUGUAUCACCUGUCGAGUUUGGGGGGGAAAAUGGUGGACGUGACCAUCCCAGAGCUGGAGGAGGUACAGACCGCUCACUUCAUCAGCAUCUUGUCCGAAAUACGAGAGGCCCUCACCAUGGAUUUUAAUAAUCACUACCACAGCAUGAAUCUGGAUACUCGCAUAUCUUUGGCCAUGGGAUCACAUUUCACGAGUUCUGAUUUUAUUCAGGCUGGGCGCCAGCGAUCUCGGGCCAUGAAGUUUUUGGAAGACAUUUUCAAAGAAGUGCAUUGCCUCAUCACACCAGCAAUACCCACUACAGCUCCGUCUUUUAAAUCCUCUGACUGCAGCGUUGGAUGCACUGAUCUACACACCUUAUUCAGCACAAUGAGAUACAUGCAACUUGCUAACUUCACAGGAAUUCCUGCUCUGGUAGUUCCUGUGGGAUACAGUUCCUCUGGCCUACCCAUUAACCUCCAGAUUAUGAGCAAGUGGUGGGAUGAAGCAACGCUGUUCCGGGUCGGGCUGAAGGUGGAGCAGUUCCGUGCUGAAACCAAGAAACCGCAGAUUUAUUACAAUCUCCUGUAACGAGGCGUUCAGCGUAAGGUGCUCUUUGUUUUCCCGUCUCCAGCCCAGUUUGCCGAUAUUAAUCAAGCCUUUGUACACAAAGCCUGAAAUUUGAAGCUGUCUCUGUUUUCAAAAUUACCCCCUGCCGUGUCUCUAGUUUAUUUAUUCUCAGACACGACUAGUUGCAUUGUGUAGGCGCACCAGCGCAAGGGUGCAGAUUGGGUAUUUGGAAACUGAAUCACUGAUUAACCUUGAAAAUCAGAGAAAAAGACACAAAGUGCAGGAGUAACUCAGCGGGUCAGGCAUCAUCUCUGGAGAACAUUAAUAGGUGAUAUUUCAGGGCGGGACCCUACUUCAGACCGAUCAGUUUAGUCUAUUGUCAUGUGUGCCGAAGUACAAUGGAAAAACUAUGUCCUUUUAUUCUGAGGCUGUGCCCUCUGGUCCUAGACUCUCCCACUACUAGAAACAUCCUCUCCCUAUCCACUCCAUCCAGGCCUUUAAUUAUUCAGUUGGUUUCAAUGAGGUACCCUCUCAUCCUUCUAAACUCCAGCGAGUACAGGCCCAGAAACGGCAAAUGCUGCCGAUUAAGUGGUCUUGCUUGGACAAAUAUUAGGUGUUUGGGAAAAUAUUUGACUAGUAUAUCACCAACCCUCUGAUCACACAACUGUAAGGAUGUAGCUUAGUUUAGUGUAUUAUCAUCAAAUACCGAGUGUAAGCUUUUGUGUUGCAUGCCAUCCAGUCAGUGGAAAGACUAUACAUGAUUAUAUUGAUCCCAAAAUGUCGUCCAUCCACGUUCUCCAGAGAUGCUGCCUGACCCGCUGAGUUACUCCAGCACUCAGUCUUUUUUUGUAAACCAGCAUCUGCAAUUCCUUGUGUCUACCUUUUCUUUUGCUCGUUACCUGUUGCAGCAUAGAAUCAGGCCCUUCGGCCCAACUCGUCAAUGGCUGCCUACAUGGGCUAGUACCAUAAGCCUACGUUUGGCCCAUACCCCUCUAGCCUUCUCCAUCCAUGUGACCAUCAGUAAAAUCUUGAAGAUAGCGGGAACUGCAGAUGCUGGUUUACAGAAAAAGACAAAGUGCUGAAGUAACUCAGCAGGUCAGGCAGCAUCCCUGGAGAACAUGGAUAGGUGACUGUAGUAGUGGGCAGGGGGGAGGAGAAAGCUGGUAGAGAGGUGAGGUUGGGACAAAGCCCAUCAUCUAACCAUGUUCUCCAGAGAUGCUUACCGACCCCUUGAGUAACACCAGCACUUGGUGUUAAACCUUGUAUCUGAACCUGCCUCCAUCACCUCUUCUGGCAGCUUGUUCCACAUACCUACCACCCUUUGUGU